GUAGAAAAAUCUUUAUUGGAAAAAACUAUAUUUAAUUAUCAACAGACUUUACAAUCGGUAAAAAUAGAAUUAAAUCGAACAAAAAUUCAACUUGGUAAAAAAGGACUAAACAAUCAAAAUAAAAAACCUGCGGAA